CUGACACAGGUGAAUUGAAAUCUAAUCAGUUCCACGGUUCCUCUCUUACCGUUAUAUUAACAGAUUUUUAUUGUAUUUGUGCACCGAAUAUUGACACAAUUUAUUGUUCCAGUGAUUUAAUAUAAAGGACCAAGCCAAUAAUGCUGUCGCAAUUUUUUUGUUAAUUUUUAGAAGUUCGCAAGCGGAGGAUUUUUAUUUAAUACAAACAUAAUGUCAACAAAUAGAUUUCACAAAGCUGCCAAGGAUGGCUUGAUUGAAAUUCUGAAAGAAACUACAAAACGGGACUGUAACGUUAGAGAUGAACAAGGAAUGACACCAACUUUAUACGCAGCAUUUUAUGGAAAUUUAGAUGCUUUACGAUUAUUAUGUGGAAGAGGAGGAGAUCCUGAUAAGGCUGAUCUAUUUGGCAACUCUGCGUUACACUUGGCAGCAGCGCAAGGUCAUAAACACAUAGUAACUUUCCUAGUAAAUUUCGGAGCAAAUAUAUACGCAACGGACAUAGACGGAAGGACACCACAAGAACUCGCCGGCAUUAACAACAGAGAUGACAUUUUAAGAUUCAUAGAUGGCGUCCAUGCCAAACUAGAGGCUACAGAUAAGAAAAAAGCAAAAUCAUUGCAAGACAAAGCCAAAGAGGAUUCCAAAAAAAGGAAAAAACAAUUCAACAAACGAAUGGUCAAGCAAGAACAACUAAGCGAGAAACUAGAGAGGAGAAAAAGUAAAGAUCACCGACCAUCGAUGAUUUCGACUUUGAGAUCGAAAUUAGGAGGAUCCAUGUCAAAUCUGUUAAAUGAGUCCCAGCCAGAUAGAAGGAGUACUUACAGUGCCAUUGUGAGCGGUGGUACGGUCGUUGGCAGGGGAAACAUGAGCACUGUACAAAGAAAAAUUUUAGCUAAUAAGAAUAAUAGAUUAGGAUCAACCGAUGAUGACUUUAAAGUAAGCGGUAUAGAAGACGGAAAACUCACAGUGAACUCCUUGAAAGGAAUUCGUCGAGACUCUGAAGUUUUAUAUGGAGGAACAUUAGAAACGAUAAACCUAAAAGAAAGAGGCCGCUUAGACGGCAUAUUCAAUGAAGAUGAAUAUAUCAAUGCUAAUCAACAAGCACCACCUCCUGGAAGAUUGAUAAGAUCAAAAUCUCAACCCGACUUUUUGCAAGAAAUGAGGAAUAACAGUGAUAACAAAAUGCAACAAGAACCGUCGAGCAUAUUUAUUAGACCUGGAAUGGGAAGCAUUGUCAUCAGAAAAAGCAUCACUCAAAACACAUUUGGCAAAUUUUAUGGCAAUCAUGAAGAAAGUUCAAUUGGUUCAGGAGAAAGUUACGGACCGAGGCAUGUGACAGAUGAUGAAUUAUCAGACUCUGGCUCUAGUGAAGAUGAGAAUCCGAAUGGAGCCCUAGAGCGAUUCUUGACCGCUUUCGGCUUAAGUGAAUACCUUCCAAAAUUCUUAGAACAAAAAAUUGACUUGGACACGUUGAUGAUACUUGAAGAAAGUGACCUCGAUAGAUUGAACAUGGAAAUUGGCCCACGAAGAAAACUGGUAAUUGCAAUAAAUGAAAGAAAAGCUGCACUUGAAAAUCCUGGUGAAGUCAAAGAUACAAUGUUGUAGUAUUAUCCAAAAUGUACAAAAUUUUAUGUAUUAAUAGUAAUAUAUUCCAAUAAAAAAAA